AUGGGCACCUUUGAUUUCAAUGUCCUUCGUGACUUAGAUGACUUUUGCCGGCGCACAAAGAAGGGCUCUGAGAUCCCUUAUAUUCAGGCCUUUUGGGACCUCCGUUCCCGCCCCGACCUGUGUUCCCACUGCUGUACCCUGCAGAUCCUCCUGGCUCAGACAGCCCCUCAUUCAUCUAAAACUACCCCCACUGAUUCUCCUCCCUACCCCCCUCCUGAUGAUCUCCCAGAUCACCUAGCGCCGCCCCCGGUUCGCCAGCCUCCUCAGGACCCACCUCUCUCCUCUCCCACAGCCCCUCUUCCCGAGGAUCCCCUUGGGUCCCCUGUCUCCGCUCAUACUCGCUCCCAAGGGCCCUCUCUCCUUGCCCCUCUUCGAGAAGUCGCGGGCGCUGAGGGCCUUGUACGGGUUCACGUUCCCUUUUCCUUGCAAGACCUUUCCCAAAUCGAGAGGCGCCUGGGCUCUUUUUUGGCGGAACCUUCCCUUUACAUCCGUGAAUUCCGCUAUCUCACCCAGACAUAUGACCUGACCUGGCAUGAUAUUCGGGUCAUUUGCGCCUCCACCCUAACUCCUGAGGAAUAUGAGCGCAUUUCUGCGGCGGCCCGGCAGCAGGCAGAUAGGGACCACCUGGUGGACAAUACUGUCCCCCUUGGCAAUGAAGCGGUUCCCCAGGACGAUCCUGCCUGGAAUUAUCAGGCCGGCCCUGGGUCUAACAUCCCGCGCCGGAACCUCAUGCUCCGAUAUCUCCUUCGAGGCAUGGACACGGUUUCCAACAAGGAAAGCGAUAGAGGAGCUGAGCCUGAUGAGAUCCGACGGAGGCGCCUCGCUCAACUUGCUGGUGGACAGACUUCCCAGCCGACCACACCGCUUACCUCUCCCAAGAGAGAGAACCCUCCGGGGCCUCCUCUAGCAGUGUCAGCCCCAGGCCCCUCCCAGAGUCUUGGUCUCAAUGUCCACAACAUGACCCCAGCUACCUCCCCAAUAGGUGCAUCAGGAGUAGCCCAUUGAAGCCAGAGCAGUGAAGGAGUCAGUUCUCUCAGCAGCUCACCCUCCAAUAGACUUGAAACACAAUCUCAGUCUCUCUCAUGUUCCCAGAGCAUGGAUAUUGAUAGCGUCUCUUGUGAGAAAAGCAUCUCCCAGGUGGAUGUGGAUUCAGGAAUUGAAAAUAUGGAAGUUGAUGAAAAUGAGCGAAAAGAAAAAAGGAACCUGAGCGACAAGGAGCUGUCAUCGGGUUCUGAAGAACAGGCUUUACAGCUGGUCUGUAAGAUCUUUUGUGUCUCGAAGGACUGGGACAGAGACAUCAUUUUUCUUUCUUCUCUUUCUGCACAAUUUAAGCAGAACCCAAAAGAAGUGUUCUCUGAUUUUAAGGACUUGAUUGGCCAGAUUUUAAUGGAAGUGCUAAUGAUGUCUACUCAGACUCGAGAUGAAAACCCAUUUGCCAGUCUGACAGCCACUUCACAGCCAAUUGCAGUGGCAGCUCGGUCACCAGACAGAAAUCUCACGCUAAAUACUGGCUCCAAUCCAGGAACAAGUCCCAUGUUCUGCACUGUGGGUUCCUUCGGUGCCAGCUCUUUGUCUAGUUUGGGAGCCUCUGGUGGGGCAAGUACUUCGGAUUCCUACAGUGACCAUUUCGCCAUUGAGACCUGCAAGGAGACAGAUAUGCUGAACUACCUCAUUGAGUGUUUUGACCGAGUUGGAAUAGAGGGAAAAAAAGCACCAAAGAUGUGCAGCCAGCCAGGAGUCAGCCAGUUUCUGAGCAACAUCCGCUCACAGUGCAUAUCCCAUACUGCAUUAGUACUCCAAGGUUCCCUCACACAACCAAGGUCCAUGCAGCAGCCAUCCUUCCUAGUGCCGUAUAUGUUGUGUAGAAAUCUCCCAUAUGGCUUUAUUCAAGAACUGGUGAUAACCACUCACCAGGAUGAAGAAGUAUUCAAGCAGAUCUUUAUCCCCAUUUUACAAGGCCUGGCUCUUGCUGCCAAAGAGUGCUCCCUUGAUAGUGACUACUUCAAAUAUCUCCUCAUGGCUUUGGGUGAGCUCUGUGAAACCAAGUUUGGGAAGACACACCCUGUGUGCAAUUUGGUCGCCUCUUUGCCAUUGUGGUUGCCUAAGUCCCUAAGCCCUGGCUCCGGGCGGGAGCUGCAGAGACUCUCUUAUUUGGGGGCUUUCUUUAGCUUCUCAGUCUUCACAGAAGAUGAUGCUAAAGUGGUUGAAAAGUAUUUCUCAGGGCCUGCUAUUACCCUGAAAAAUACGCACGUGGUUAGCCAAUCAUUGCAGCAUUACUUGGAGCUGGGAAGGAAAGAGCUUUUCAAGAUUCUGCAUAGUAUUUUGUUAAACGGUGAAACCCGUGAGGCUGCCCUUGGUUACAUGGCAGCUGUCGUCAAUGCCAAUAUGAAAAAAGCACAGAUGCAGACAGAUGAUAGAUUGGUUUCUACAGAUGGAUUUAUGCUGAAUUUUCUCUGGGUGCUGCAGCAGCUAAGUACAAAGAUCAAGUUAGAGACAGUUGACCCCUCGUAUAUAUUCCACCCAAAGUGUCGGAUUACUCUGCCCACUGAUGAGACCAGAGUGAACACGACAAUGGAGGAUGUGAACGACUGGCUGAUGGAACUUUAUGGAGAUCAGCCUCCAUUUUCUGAGCCGAAAUUCCCUACGGAAUGCUUCUUCCUUACCCUGCACGCCCACCACCUCUCCAUUCUGCCGAGUUGCCGUCGCUAUAUCCGCAGACUCUGGGCCAUCCGGGAGCUCAAUAGAACCGUAGAAGAUUUGAAAAAUAAUGAAAGCCAAUGGAAAGAUUCCCCACUGGUAACUAGACACCGCAAAAUGCUGAAGCGAUGCAGAACUCAGCUUAAGAAACUAGUAUGAUGCAAGGCCUGUGCUGAUGCUGGUUUACUUGAGGAGAGCUUCCUGAGAAGAUGUCUGAAUAUUUAUGGCCUUCUCAUUCAGCUGCUGCUCCGCAUCCUGGACCCUGCCUAUCCCGAUGUAACACUGCCUUUCGGUUCAGACGUCCCCAAGGCGUUUGCAGCAUUGCCUGAGUUUUAUGUAGAAGAUGUUGCUGAAUUUUUAUUUUUUAUUGUACAAUACUCGCCUCAGGUGCUCUAUGAGCCCUGCACUCAGGGUAUUGUGAUGUUCCUCGUUGUGAUGUUGUGCAACCAGAACUACAUCCAAAAUCCAUACCUGGUGGCCAAACUGGUAGAAGUCAUGUUUAUGACCAACCCUGCUGUCCAGCCACAAACCCAGAAGUUUUUUGAAAUGAUUGAGAACCAUCCUCUCUCCACCAAAUUAUUGGUCCCUUCCUGGAUGAAGUUUUAUAAAGAUGUCGAGCACACCGGAGCUACCUGUGAGUUCUAUGACAAGUUCACCAUUCGCUAUCACAUUAGCACCAUUUUUAAAAGCCUUUGGCAAAACAUAGCUCACCACGGCUCUUUCAUGGAGGAGUUCAAUUCUGGGAAGCAGUUCGUUCCCUAUAUAAACAUGCUGAUCAACGACACGACGUUUUUGCUCGAUGAAAGUCUGGAGUCCCUGAAGCAGAUCCACGAAGUGCAGGAGGAGAUGAAGAACAAAGAGCAGUGGGAGCAGCUGCCCCAGGCCCAGCAGCAGGCCCGUCCGUCUCAGCUUGCUCCUUCCUAUCUCGCCCUGGCCACGGAAACCGUGGACAUGUUCCACAUUUUCACGAAGCAGGUCCAGAAGCCAUUCCUCAGACCGGAACUUGGACCCCAAUUGACUGCAAUGCUGAACUUUAAUCUUCAGCAACUCUGUGGUCCCAAGUGCCGGGACCUGAAAGUUGAAAACCCUGAGAAAUACGGCUUUGAAUCAAAGAAGCUGUUGGACCAACUAACUGAUAUUUACUUGCAGCUGGACUGUGCGAGGUUCGUGAAAGCCAUUGCUGAUGACCAGAGAUCCUACAGCAAAGAGUUGUUCGAGGAAGUCAUUUCGAAGAUGCAGAAGGCAGGAAUCAAGUCCACAAUCACGAUAGAGAAGUUCAAGCUUCUCGCCGAGAAGGUGGAGGAGAUAGUGGCCAAGAACACACAGGCCGAGAUGGACUACAACGACGCGCCGGAUGAGUUCCGAGACCCUCUGAUGGACACCCUGAUGACUGACCCAAUGCGGCUGCCCUCCGGCACCAUCAUGGACUGCUCCAUCAUUCUGCGGCACCUGCCGAACUCCCCCACGGACCCCUUCAACCGGCAGACGCUGACUGAGAGCAUGCUGGAGCCAGUGCCAGAACUGAAAGAGCAGAUUCACGCCUGGAUGCGGGAGAAACAGAACACCAUUAACCGUCCCCUCGCCCAGCUGGGCAGGCAGGCGCAGCAUCGGUGGCGAAAAUGCUCUUCACACGCAGAGGCCAAACGUGGCAGAGACACCGAGAGCCCACCCACCGCGACCAAAUGGUGGCCGUCUGAAAGGACAUGA